GGCCUGCGACCUCUUGUGAUGAUCCCCGGAAAACGGGUUUUGGGUGGAAGAGAUGCCCUUCCUGGGGCAUGGCCAUGGCAGGUCAGUGUGCAGCAUGUCUAUGAAAAUACUAAUGCCAAAGAGCAUAUCUGUGGGGGAUCCGUGAUAAACAGAGAGUGGGUGGCAAGUGCAGCCCAUUGCUUUCACAAAGGCUUUAUGAAUCAUCCUGAAAAAUUCCGUAUUGUAACUGGCAUUAAUAAACUUUCAGAAAUUAAAGAUGCCAGUCAGCUGUUAAAAAUUAGCAAAAUCAUCAUGCAUGAAGAAUAUUCUGAAUCCACAACUAAGAAUGACAUUGCACUAAUUAAACUAGUAAAUCCCAUCAGCUAUACUGACUACGUCCAACCUGUCUGCAUCCCGUCCAUAGAGGAGACACAGACAUUAGAUCUGUGCUUUGUCAGUGGCUGGGGGCAUUUUACACGAGAAGGUAGUAACCCAGAUUCUUUACAGGAAGGUGAAGUGGAUCUUUUUGGAGUGGACGUCUGCAAUGAAUUUUAUUGGGGAGUACUAGCAAGAGGCAUGUUUUGUGCUGGUAAACUAGAUGGAUCUGUGGAUGCCUGCAGGGGAGACAGUGGUGGUCCCCUGUCAUGUUUUGAUUAUAAUGACAAAAAAUUUUUCCUUGUGGGAGUCACCAGCUGGGGCAUAGGCUGUGGUACACCGGGUUUUCCUGGCAUCUAUACCAACAUAUCAGAUUACAAGGAAUGGAUUGAGGCUAAACUGAAAGAAGAUGAUCCAACAAAUUUUGGCAUCACAUGGAAUGCAUUCAGGUUGACCACACUAGUACUGACAGUAGUAACUGUAUUUGUUUGACUCAAGAACAAGAGACACAGUUUUAAACAUAUAUGCUGCUCUGAGAAUAAGAGUUGCAUUUAUCAUGAAUGUUUCAAGUUAUUAUAUCUUUAAAUCUACAGCCAUGAGAUAUGAUCUUCUUAUCUACAUUUUAUCCACCUUAUAGGUAAAAAAAUAAAGGACAGAAUUAUCAUCAGCUCUUUAAGUAUGGAUAUAUGUUUUGUAUGGUUGUGUUUAUUAGUGACCCUAUUUCAUCAUAACUAAGAAGUCUCACAACUUUUUAUAUCCCUAAUUUACAUAAAUAUCUAUUUCUCUUUAAGACUUUAUUUAUACUAACCCUAUUGAAAUUAUCUCCUUUGCUAGGUCGAAUUUUGAAAGCAUCUGUGUACAUAGUGUAGAUUGUUUGAUGGAUUAACCUCUUUGUAUAUUAAUCUUAAUGUAUAACAAUUGUUUAAUGCUCAUAUGUUUUUGUUUUUAUUUGCUGCAUCUCAGUUUCUGUUCUGUUAUGUUGUAAAAAUAAAUAAAUAUUAUUGAAAAAAAAUAAAUUAUCAUCAGCUCUGCCUCUGUGAAAGAUUGUGCUCUAUGCAUAGAUUGGUAUCAAGUUUAAUAAUGAUACCUAUCCAGACCCAUGUUAUUUUGGAUGAAGACUUCUGUACUAAACUAAAAGUCUUACUUGCAAAUGUUUUAUAGUCAAAACA